GCAAACUUGUUUUCAUUCGAUCGUAAUUCGCACAGAAGAAGGUUAACUGCCGAAAACGUGUCGAGUACGUGAAUUUGUUUUGUGAAUCGUGAAUCGACUAAAGUAAAAAAUUAAAAAAUGUAGUAAUAUCAAAAGUUCAUUGAUUAAAAUAAAAAAACUUUCCAAGUUUUAUUUUUUUGUGACAAAAAAGAUACGGGAAUUUUGUUUAAAUAUCAAUAAUGUUAAAAAUAGUAUUGAUAAUAUUUUGCAAUUGUUUUACGUAAAAUACAACAAAUCGUUAUGCUAAAUUAACGAUCAACAACGUAAUAGGUAUUUACCGUUUUUCAUGUAGUAAAGUUUCCGAAUAGUGCAAUCAAAAAUGAUAAAGUAUGUUCAAGAUUAGAAAUACCUACCUACAAAGAAUAAAAUUUCAAGUUUAGUAGGUGGAACUUGUGUUAUAGAUAAUGCUUAAAAUUUUCGGCUUGUGUAAUUUUAAUUAAUGCUGCUUGGGAAAACCAGUAUUUUUUUUUGUUUUUUGGUGAUCGUUUUACUUAGUAUAAUUUGAAUAAAGUACCUAAUAUGGAUUCUUCAAAAGAUAAUAUUACGGAAGUCGAUGCACCGGAGCUUAAAUUAUACAAAAGAAGAUGGUUUAUGUUGAUUUUGUUCAUAAUUUACUCAUUUAAUGGAUCUCAACAAUGGGCACAAUUCACCAUAAUUAAUAAUCUGGUCAAAAAAUAUUACGACGUUACAACAACCCAAGUGGAAUGGACAUCAAAUGUGUACUCGGUAUCGUACAUCAUACUGGUCUUUCCUACGUUACCGUUGAUCAAAUAUUUGGGUAUCAGAAAAACGAUGAUCUUGGGAGCUUCUGGAAUCACAAUUGGUAAUUGGAUCAAGGUACUUUCAGUGGCACCAGAUCGUUUUUAUAUAGCUUUCAUAGGACAAACUUUCGCUGUAUCUUUUCUAAUGCUGGCUUAUGGAGUACUGGGGCGUUUAAUUUCCAUAUGGUUUGGAGCGAAGGAAAUCUCUACAGCUGGAUCGUUAUCCAUCCUAGGAGAUCUACUUGGUGGAGCCUUUGCUUACAUCUUCCCCACUGUUCUGGUCACAGAUGGAUCUUUGGAACAUAUUGGUAAUGGAUUAUGGAAUAUGCACCUUUUUGUGUCUAUCGUUUCAACGGUUAUACUUGUUUUGGUUUUGUUAUUUUUUGAGGAGAAACCGAAACUGCCCCCGAGUGUAGCGCAAAUCAAACUAGCGGAAGAAAAAGAAGAAAAACUAUUGCCUACUUUAGUUAAACUGAUGAGAAACCCAGAAUUUCUACUGUACAUGGUUUCUUUUGGAUUGAACUGCUCUACUAAUGGAGGACUGUUCACUUGCAUGAAUGAAUUACUUGAAAUCAAUUUUCCGGGACUUGAAAGUCAUGCUGGAACUAUUGGCUCUGUAGCGAUACUUAGUGGAGUUAUAAGUUCAUUGCUAGCAGGAGCGUUUCUGGAUAAAACUGGAUUAUUUCAGGAAUCUGCCAAUAUUCUAACAUCUUGUACGUCAUUCUCGUUGAUUUUUUUCACUUGGUCUUUAAAAUCUGGACAUAUUUUCUACGUGUACUUGGCCGUAUUUUUUAUUGGAUUUUUCGUAUUCGGGUAUUAUUCGGUUGGAGUGCAACUGGGAUUAGAGCUUACGUAUCCUAUACACGAAGGAAUAUCAACAUCUAUAAUUUUCUUUUUCGUUACGAUACUGGGUCUCUUGGUGAAUGUCGUUUAUAGCUUCACCAUCAAAACUUACGGCGAUGUAGCUGCCAAUAUAUUGAUGGCAGUGCUAAAUGUUAUUGCAUCGGUGAUCACAUUUUUAACGCCGAUUGAUUUGAAGCGACAACGAGCCGAAAACGAAGCUAAAGAAAAGCCCAAGGAAUUGAAAGAAUUUUCAUAACUUGCCACCUCGUUUAAUCUCGAGCAAAAUGAAAGCUGUAUGUACAUGAAUUGGAGAAUCGAUUGAAUUGUAGUGAAGUUCAACGAAUUUGGAUCAAAAAACGAAAGUUAUUUUUAUACCUAGAAUCACUUUUCCAUUUCUGCAGAAAAGAUAGGUACCAUAUUUAUUGGGGAUUUUCAAACCAGCAAUGAAAAAUCGAAAGAAAAUCUUAGAAUACCAUUCACCUUAAGGCUAAAUUUCUUUUUUUAAUUUUUCAUGAAUUUUUAAAAAUUCAAUUUUGUUUUUUUUUUUUAAACAAAUAAAAUAAGAUGAAAUUGAGUUAGAAAGCUGAAAUUCGAUUUAUACCUACCCCAUUUUCAACGUCUCUAAUCGAUUAGUUGUGGUUUCAAGUCGUUUUGCAGCCUUCAGUAGAUUUUUCUCUUGUCUUGGGGAAAAAAUGAAAUUCAACAUUUUACGUACACGCUUGGAUUGGUAGUUUCAGCAUCUAAAACUGAUAAGUAAUCUCUUCAAACCAUCUAAAGUCUCCUGAUAUUUUUUGAAUUUUUUAGUUUUCAAAAAAAAUAAUAAUAAUAAAAAUAUGUAUUUCAGCGGACAAAAACGAAAUUUGAAAAUUUGUGGCCAAAAUAAUCUGAAAAUUUGCAUGUCACAAACACAGCCAAUCCGAAUUUUUAAAAAGAGAAAUUUCAUUUUGUGUUCUUUCGUUCUUUCAUGAUGACUUUUUUUCAAAACUGGAAAAUUCCAUUUGCUGGAGACUGCAAAACGAUCCAAAAAUAAAAUAUCAACCAAAUUUCAGCCUUUUUUAUAAAUAGGCGCGUUCGUAAAUGAUGAUUAGUGCAGGAGAUUCGGCAUGUUACCGGGAAAAAAUUGUUACAAAAGGUUUUUUUGGCUCAAUGUAUUAUAUAAGGUGUCCUAAAAAACAUAUCCAAAAUCCGCUAAAAUCCGAGCAGGCGUUCACCCCUUUUUUGAAGCUUUUGGGGACGCCCCACCCCCCUAAAAUGAGUUGUGGUAAAAAUUGCAAACGAGGUGUCAAAAAGCAUUAGAAUUUCACGCUGAACACGAAUAUCACAUUUAUUUUUCCAUAUUUUGACUUUUAGUUCGAGUUUAGAGGCUCAAAAGUUAUAAAAGUGUCAUUUUUUGAAAUUUUGCCCAAAAUUUACCGAUUUUAACGGAAUUUUAGGAACAAAACGGCUUUAAAUGGUCAAUUUGAACGAGAAAAUGUUUUAUAGAAGGUGGUGGAAGAAGAUAAAAGGAUACAUGUGUCAUAUUCAAGGUCAAUUGAUUAUCCAGAGCCAUAAAUCAAGUGUCAGAAAUCGGAUAAAAUGCGACAUUUACUCUCGUUUUUUCUGCUCUAGCCAAUUAUAGCAUCACAACCCGUUCUAAUUGUCAAAAAAUUCCAAUUUAGAUUUAUUGCAAAAUUGACCACACCAUCCCCACCUCUGUGUAUGCUCCGAACACCAUAAACCUUGAGCAAAUACUCAAAGUGGUCAAAACCUGCACUUACGGUCUCAACUUACGUAUUGUGCAACGUAGGUAUGUUCAUAUGUUGUAGUCUGUGUUAAUCGCUGAAAAAUUGAAGAAGAAAAGGAUUCAAAGGUACUGCUGUUGUGACUGGGAAAAUAUUGGACAAAUUUGUUUAUUUUUGUGGAACUAGAAAUUUUCCAACCUAGCCUUGAUGGAACAAUUUUUGAUGACUUUGAAUUGUAAAAAGGAUGGCUUAGUAUAUUUUUCAAUGAAAUUUUAUAACGAGAAAAUCGGGAAUUUUUUUGAAAAUGAGAUAAAAAUAUUUAUUUAAAUUUCCCGGUUUCCGUUUGUUUAAACCUACGAAUGAUAAGAAAUGGAAACCAAAUUCGAAAUAGGCCUACAUUAAAAUUAUUGAACAGGGAAUCGUUAUACAGGCUAUCAAUUGAGAAUCUUCAAAAAAAAUUUUGUUUCCUUUUUUUUACACAGACGAUCAUAAUAAGAUUACCUACUUCAAAAAUUGGGAUUCACUUUUCGCCAACAACACUCCCAAUAAUAAUAGGCUCAUCAAUUUUCUGACAACAUCACUAAACUCCGGUUUGGGUAAUUAUUACAAAGCAAUUAAAUGUGCAUAGGUAAACAAUUUUGUGGAAAAGGUGGUAAAAGGAAGUGAAGAGAUGAUUCAUAACUACAUAAUUAGAUUUUAAAAUCCUAUUAUAGUUAGGCGCAUGGUCAAAUUGAUGGAUGCUGCAAUUCACUUUCUAUCACAUGAAGUAUGGAUAAGUUUGAUUUAAACGGAAGGAGUGGUAAUGGCGACUCAUAAUUUCAUUACUGUAUAUUUUCAUAUUAUUUAAAAGUAAGGCACUUCAUUUUGUGUGAUUUUACCAUCAAUACUUACAGUGAUACAUAAUAAUCCAAUGUCUUUCAUUGCAGAAAUGUGGAAAAUUUCAUGAUUUUUAGGUUAAAUUUUUAUUUAUGCAUUCUUUUUUUUUUUUUUUUUUACAUAAUUUGCAUUUUUAAAUAAGUACCUAGCCACCUAAAAACCUACUAGUGUAUUAUUCGUAAGGGUGAGACUGGAUUCAAAUUUGCGAAAUAUAUAUCACGUUUGUUGCGAUUUUACUGAACGUCUUGACUGUAAAUAAUUUCUGCCCAGACUAUUUUUUGUGUAAGUAUCGCUAUUUCCAUAGUAUUGCCCAACAGGACUAUAAGAGCAGGUUUUGACCACUUUGAGUAUUUGCUCAAGGUUUAUGGUGUUCGGAGCAUAUACAGAGGUGGGGAUGGUGUGGUCAAUUUUGCAAUAAAUCUAAAUUGGAAUUUUUUGACAAUUAGAACGGGUUGUGAUGCUAUAAUUGGCUAGAGCAGAAAAAACGAGAGUAAAUGUCGCAUUUUAUCCGAUUUCUGACACUUGAUUUAUGGCUCUGGAUAAUCAAUUGACCUUGAAUAUGACACAUGUAUCCUUUUAUCUUCUUCCACCACCUUCUAUAAAACAUUUUCUCGUUCAAAUUGACCAUUUAAAGCCGUUUUGUUCCUAAAAUUCCGUUAAAAUCGGUAAAUUUUGGGCAAAAUUUCAAAAAAUGACACUUUUAUAACUUUUGAGCCUCUAAACUCGAACUAAAAGUCAAAAUAUGGAAAAAUAAAUGUGAUAUUCGUGUUCAGCGUGAAAUUCUAAUGCUUUUUGACACCUCGUUUGCAAUUUUUACCACAACUCAUUUUAGGGGGGUGGGGCGUCCCCAAAAGCUUCAAAAAAGGGGUGAAAACCUGCUCGGAUUUUAGCGGAUUUUGGAUAUGUUUUUUAGGACACCUUAUAUAAUACAUUGAGCCAAAAAAACCUUUUGUAACAAUUUUUUCCCGGUUUGGCUAAUUUUUGGCUUAAAUCUCCUGCACUAGAUAGGUACCUACUAAUGAAAGAAAUACCUGUUUUGGAUUUGAACCAACAGAAACAUUAAUAGAUUUUGAAAAUUUAUGCCCAACUCCAUCGUGAAAUUUGGCCUAGUGAUGUGUUUUUGGAUGCUCUAGCUUUCCAUUAUUUUUUUCUUUUUUUGUUUUUUUAAAUCCCCCCCCCCCACCCCCAAUUGUUUUGAUUAUAAUAUCUAGUGUUAUGAGAAUACAGUCAAGUUGAAUUCAAUUGUGCAAUGUUUCGUAACUUCGGUAACGUAAGUGCUCGAGAUUUUCAAUUCUUUGAAUACUAUAGGUACUUACUACCUGCGGUAAAGUUCUCAACUUGAAUUGUUUGUAGAAGAUACUCCAAUGAAAUUGUAAACUUUCAAAUGAAAUGAAUAAUAAAUCGUUGAACGAAUACAUUCGAUUUUUCAUAAGAA